AUGGCGAUCCAUGCCGACUACCCCGGCCUGACGGUUGAGAUAUUCGUCGACGGCAGACCACUUGAGGAAUACAAGAACCCGGAAGAGAAAGAUGUGCCUAAGACAACCACACAAUACGUCGAGUGCCGGUCUGCUAAGGAGCCGCUAGUCACAUUCCAGUUCAAAUAUCGCUCUAUCGCUGCACUGAAAUCUCUGGGCAUGAUACCGCGCUCACCGAGUCCACCCCCAGUUCCACAGCCAGAGUUGAUCAAGAAGGAAGAACUACCCGAGUCGAUUCCGAAUGUUCCUUCAAGUGCCAGAUCAUCUUCUGCUACCCCACGACCCAAGAGCGCCAGUACUAGUGCCACUCCAGCUCCACUGCAGCGAAGUCCCAACAUCCGUACUCACCACGACCAGUCCAAGCUCACCAAGAAAGACAUGCUCAUCCUCAUCAAGCAUUAUCGCGGUAGCAGCGAGGGUUUGGAAAGUCUUCCGGAGAAGGAACUGGCUAUCCUACUCGGAUCUUAUCGAAAUGAUGAGACGGAGCGUACGCCUAUCAAGCGCGAGCCGGUCGACGACGGCGCUGCGCGCGGACAGGCAAAGAAGCGCAAGCCUGAAGUCAUAGUCCUCGAUGACUGA